AUUGUUCCCCUCUCUCCAAAGAGAUCCGAAUUGUGGAAAGAGGGAUGGAUGGAUGAAAGGAAGGGAGGGAGGGAGGAACGCCGAGGGCUUGUUCAAAUGUUCAUACCUGCCUUCUUUCCUCCCUCCUCCCUCUUAGUUCGAUCUGGCAGGAGCACGUAGCGUCUGGGCGUUCAGUCCAUCUGAAUUGCAUUUGUUACCUGUUGUGAGCAUGGUAGAUAAUAGUAACACAUCGGGCCAAAGGACCUCCCUUGUCAAGUCAGUCCGUAAGGGAGUGCUUGAGUGAGGAAGAAGCGGCGAGAAGGUAAACCCUUGCUGUACCCUACAUCGCUUAGGUACCUUGUCAGUUUGGGAUAGUGGCCUGGGUCGUUGAUGGGCUCCGUUGUCGUUGGUCGACGAAGUCUUUGCGAACGAGCGGAGGAAACGUAGGUUGUUCUGCGCUUGAGUACGGACCAUGCACCUCGGUCAUCACAGUAGGACCGAUCCUGCGACUAGCUGCCCAAAUAUCAUCAAGCCAACAAUGAAAGAGGCGUUGGUUGGGCUCUAAAAACCAUCUCAUCUUUUUCUCAAACACAGCUAUAGCAGUUUUAGACGCCUGCCGCCUUCACCAUGGACAAUGGUGUGAUGGAGGAAAGGGAAUACUUUGAUGAAGUGCAUCGCAUCUCCGUGCCCAAGCCCCUGGAGGGCGAGAAACUUGGACUGACUGUGCAACAACGGGAUGGGUGUGUCGUGGUCACGCGGAUCUUGUCCGGCGGGCUCUUGGAUUCGGUGGGACACGUUCAACUCGGCGACAUCAUAUUGGAAGUGAACAACAUCCCCAUUAAUUCACCCGAAGACCUGAUGGCUUUAGUGUCGAUUUCGGACAAAUCCAUCCACUUUCUCGUGAAAAAGACACCGGAGCACGAGUUGAAAAAGUACGGCAUCCCCAACACACCCAAGUUAAGAAAGCAAGUACAAAGUAAGGCUUCUCUCGAACAAAAAGUGAUCAUGCACGUGAGAGCCCUUUUUGACUACGACCCUUAUCAAGACAAUCUCAUUCCGUGUCCGGAAGCUGGACUGGAGUUCAAAUUCGGCGACAUCCUCGGGAUUUUGAAUCAAGAUGAUCCCAAUUGGUGGCAAGCCAUCUAUGCGGAUUAUCCGAAUGAGGCUGCCAAAUUGAUCCCUUCUCAGGAACUGGAGGAGAGGCGCAAAGCUUACGUGGCCCCUGAGGCCGAUUACACGACCAAAAUUGGCCUCUGCGGCUCACUCGUCUCGCGGAAGAAAAAGAAGAUACUCUUUAAAUCAAAACAAAACUCGGACUACGACAAAGCGGAACUCCUCUUGUACGAAGAGAUGACCUUGCUCCAAAGGCCGUUCCGAAGGAAGACGUUGGUUCUCAUUGGCGGGAAUGGUGUGGGACGACGCACCCUCAAGAACCGCAUCGUCAACAGUGACCUCGACCAAUUUGCUUCGCCUCUGCCGCACACAUCCCGACCCAAACGCGAGGAGGAAGAAAAUGGAGGCCGGUACUGGUUUGUGGACCGAGAAGACAUGGAAUAUGGCAUCAAGAACCACGAGUAUCUCGAAUACGGAGAGCUCAAUGGUCAUUUGUACGGCACGCGUUUCGACUCGAUCCAAGCCAUCAUGGAUCAAGGAAAGACCUGCGUUUUCGACCCCAGUCCCCAGUCUCUGAAACUGCUUCGAACAUCCUCGGAAUUCAUGCCGUUCGUCGUGUUCUUGGCCGCUCCAGGUUACGAGGAAAUGAAGCAUACCAUCGACAGCAAAAAAGUGACCCACUCCCUGAUCUCAGCUAGCAAUACCUUGGCCAACUUCGAGCGCAAUUCUUCCAUUCGCAACAGCUCCAGACGUGCUCGGACUUUGGAUUCGAUCUCGUCGCUCUAUGUGGAAGAGGACGUCAUGAAGAACCUGGAGGAGAGCUCACGCUUGGAGAGGGCCUACAAGGCCUACUUUGAUAUGAUCGUGGUGAACGAGAGCCACGAUGAGACCUAUCGCAUGGUCAUGGAGGGUCUGCACUCUGUGAGCAUGGGCGAACAAUGGGUUCCAUCCACUUGGAUCUAUGCCUAAGAGGGAAUCUUUUUCUUUCUGGUCUGGACAUCUAUCUCACUGCCUCAUUUAUCAUUGCCUGAACACCAAUUUAGACAAAUAAAUGCAAAAUAUCUUACUUA